AAACUCUGAUAUUUUCAAUUUCAGCCCUUUGGAAACCUCAAACUAAAAAAUUAUAUAUGCUCCUAAUUGACAGCAAUAACCCAAACAAAAUGAAAACCACAUCACUAUCAAUGGAAGAAAGAUUACUAGAGAUAAACAAGCUUAGAAUUAGCCACUUUAGCCAUGAUCAUCCAUUAACACAAACCAAUUCCCCUCCAAAUGAAAAUUGUUCUUGCUCAGCAUGCAAUCUCAAGAUUAUAUCAUCAGUUACUGCAGAAUAUUACACCUGCAAAACUUGCUCAUUUUCCCUUCACCAAGUUUGCUACAACAUGCCAAAAAAAACACAACACCCAUCUCAUCCAAUACACCAUUUGACUCUCCAAACUACUUGUCCUUCUUCAUCAUCUAAAGAAGGAACCUUUGAAUGCAAGGCUUGUGGAGAUCACAUCAAUGGUGGUGUCUUCUACUAUAGUUGUGCCGAGUGUGGCCUUUAUUAUCACAUCCUCUGCUCAGCUCUGCCUCUCACCAUUUCAGUCUCUUCUCACCUUCACGAACUCAAGCUCACAUUUUCAUCACCCUAUAAUUUUAGCUGUGAUAUAUGUACCAAACCGAGUUACAAAGGCUGGCUCUAUAGGUGUCAGCUAUGCGAGUUCGACGCACAUCUGCUAUGCGCUAUCUCGAAUAGAAGAACAACAUUUCUCAUCAAAAAUCGAAUUCUGCCAUUGCCCAACUCUUCAAAUAGGCAAAUCAAUAUCAAGUCUUCCUCAGUAAAUUACAAUAGUGAAGUGGAAGAAGUAAUACAGUUGGUAAUACAAGGAGUAGUUGAACAAAGUUCAGUUAGCUCUUGCUCAAAUUUCAAUUCAGAUAGUCCUAAAGAAAAUCUUACCAUAACAAGUACGGUUGGAUUUGCUCAAACAGAUUCAAAGUUGGGUUUUUCUUCUGCCAAUCCAGGGAAACAACAUCUUAACCAAAGUCCAUUAACUCUAGUUUCAGAGGAUUUGAGCACAACUCCAAGUACCCAAUUCAGUGAUGCAUGUUUUUCCAUAGAUUUAGCCAAGUCUUAUUCAGGUUAUAAUCAUGCAAGGCAAGCGAGAAUUGAAGCUAGCAAUAGUAUAAACAUUCAAGCUAAAAGUGGAGAUAUUGACCCUAAAGUUGAAGACAAAAAUAAUAUCAUUAUUAAACAAGAGAAACGACUCAAUUAUGGUAUUGGGUCAUCAAAUCAUAUUCACUCCUUUAAUUUUGGACGAGAUGAGAGGCUCAAACAAGCAUUUUUGGUUAGAAACGACACACUUGCAAAGGAGGAGGCAUAUAUAGGACAAAAGGGUAAAAAGAAGAGUAAAGCUAUAUCAGACACAAAGGUAACCGGCGGUUCAAGUUGGCAGAAGCUCAUAUUAUGCUGCCAUACUACGAGUUAAUACAGAAAAAUUUAGAAAGUUUCAUUAUAAACUUGAAAUCUGAAGGUCAUGGUGGAAUGUGUUUAAAGAUGAUGUUAUUAUUUUUAAUUUUUUUCUUUUUAAAGGUUAUUAUUAGAUUUUGAUU